AUGCCCGCUCCUGUGCGGAGACAGAGCGGCGGAGCGUCUUGGCCCGAGCCGCCGCUCCUCAACGCUUGGAUCUCAAAGGCGCAGUCGGCGCGCGCCCUGCUGCAGCUGCACGCACAGCACGGCGAGCGGAUGGACGCGAUGCACCUCGGGAAUCUAUGGAACAAGCUCGGGCGCCACCUCAAAUGGCAGACCGCCUCUGGCGAGAUGGGCGACAGCCUGGCGGGGCUGGCGGCGGCCACCCAGUCCCAGCUGGAGGCGCACGUCUGCCGUCGUCCAGACAUCCUCGCCAACAUCGCGCACGGCGCCGCACAGGCCAUGGGCGCGGACGCGCCGGCUGCGCGCGGACUCUUCGAUGCGAUCGCGAGAGCAGCCGCUGACGCGUGCGCUAAGCCGCGGUGUGAGCCUCGGCACCUCGCCAACCUGGCGUGGGCGUUUGCGACGGCGUCGCAGCCGCAGCCGGCGCUCUUCGACCGCAUCGCGGCCGCGAGCGCGCCCCUUCUGGGGGGCAGCUUCAACGCGCAGGAGAUCGGCAUGCUCGCGCUCGAGCACGGCGGCGCGACAGCUGCGCUCGCCGAGGCCACCGUCGGCUUGCGCGCGCUCAAGCGACUCGCGCGUGCCGCGCGCCGCCGCAUGGCCGCCUUCAACGCCCAGGACCUCGACAGCCUCGCCAGCGCGUACGCGCGGCUCGGCUUGCCGCGCUGGGGAGCCAAGCUGGCGUCGGCGAUCGCCGCGGCGGCGGUGGCGCUCGGAACGAAGCGUUGCACGCCGCGCCACCUCGCCAACGUGCUCUGGGGCGUCGCCAAGCUGCUGGCCCGCGGGUCCGUCGCGACAGAGCCGUCCGUGGUGUCGCUCUGCGGGAUGGCGGGAGGCGCUAUCGCGAGCGACGCCGCGGCCUUCAACGCGCGCGACCUCUCCAACGCCGCCUGGUCCCUCCUCACCCUCGGCCUCUUCGACCGGCCGACCAUGCUCGCCAUCGCGGCCCGCGCGGCGGCGACGCUCGACAGCUUCAACGCUCAGGAGACCUCCAAGCUGCUGCCGCGCGAGCAGCGGCUCGAGCUGCCGCUGGCCGGCCCCCCCAUUCUCCUCACCCACAUGCUGGGCGGCGGCCGCGCCAAGGGCGCGGAGGCGAGGAGGCGGGCGGCGCGGCGAGGAGCCUUCUCGGAAGCGUGUCGGGGCCUGCUCAUAGGGGGGCGCGAGGAGACGGGCGCCACCGCGGCGACGGGCGGCGCGCUGUGGGAGGGGUCUCUGCUGCUCGCAAAAUGGGGCGGCGCCGGCGGCGAGGCUGGCCGCGUGGGCGGGUGGGCGGGAGCCGUCCAGGAGCCUUCAGGGCGGCCUCCUGUAGGCGUUGGGCCGGUGCCGGUCGGAUGGGCGGGUCGUUCCGCCGUCGAGCUUGGCGCAGGGCUCGGGCUGCCGGCGAUCGUCGCGGGUCGGCUGGGGAUGCGCACGGUGGCGACUGACGCGGACGAGGACAAGCUGGGGCUGGGCCGGCCGCCGGACGUGCUCCUCGCUGUGGACGUUGUGUACGGCAGGGAGGAGCGCGUGUGGAGCGCACUGGUGGAGACCCUCGUCGCCCUCUCCUGCGAGGGGACCCUCGUGCUCAUGGCGCACGGCAACGGCGCCGCGCCCGGCGUCCACAGCAUGGGCGGUCGCUUCUACGAGAUGGCCGCAGACCACUUUGAGGCGGCGAGCCUCCCGGCCGACGCGGAGCACCCGGGCUGCCAGAUCCACUGCCUGGUGAGGCGGCCGCCCGCGGAGAGCAGGCGGGGCUCGGUCCGGCCGCGGACAAAGCGCGCUCGGCCACAUUAA